CCGUAAGGAACGAUCAUACAUUCAAGUACAAAUGCGCUCUACUUGGUGUUGCUGACGUGCUAUUUGCUACUGCAAAAGGUCAACCUAAAGCUUGCAACAAGCAGCAGAUUUUUUUUUUCCUACGAAAAAAUCGCAAAAUUAUUAUUCUUGCUAGAGAUUUUUGAUGCCACCGCCAGGACCAAAUGAUUUAACACAGUAGCGUGCUCGCGCGGACUUUGGUCUCACUUUACAGGUCUUGCAAAGCUGCGGAAGUACUUCGGAUCAUCUAGGGGAGCAGAGUGACGUUACCGAAGCAGCGGGACCACCAGACUGGCGGCCAGGAACGUGGGCAUCAGCCGAAGAAGUUGUCCGAUACCACAUGCACCAAUUUGGCGAUACUCCCGACGUGCCCUGAAUGUAAAUCUGCGGUAACCAUCUAAAAACAACAGCAGACACACCGGACAAACAGCCCAAUAUUAUAAAAGGCUUGAUCGACAAUGGAGUGGAAGAACACGCUGACUCGUAGUCAGUCCCUACGUAGCGUCCGCUCAUCAUAUGACAAGCCAACCUCGAGGGAUACCGGGAUUCUUACUCGGACGGUGUCCGUGUCCAAGUUGGUCGAAAGAUAUCAAGCUACAACUGAAGGAACUGGUAUCGAUUCUAGAGAGAAUGGCGGCACAAAAGGAAAGUCAUCAGGUCGAGAGAAGAAUACAGUUCCAACUCCGUCUGUGAAUGGCCCACGGGAAAGGAAAACAUCUCAGUUGGAGCCUCCAAAGACCGGCGAAGACAAAUGGGAGCGCUCUUUGCCCGAAACCAGUUUGAGCCGGAGCAAGUCGACAGGGAGCCUUCAAAACAAUGCCAACGUGUCCAUCGAGGCCUUGAAGGCACGUUUUGAGAUGAGAAAUAACCAGGCAAGCACUUUCAGGGUGGCGGAUGAGGCAAAGCCUUCCAAAGAUGUCAAGCCGGUGAUGAAUGGAGAGUCAGCAAAGGGGCAGAAGGCUCCCGACGCUCCGGUGCGUCCCGGCAACAGUGAUGCAAAGAAAAGGAAUCCUCCACAUACGGCGGUGACACAAACCUGGACAGAGAAACGACAAACGAUUGGCGGUACCAACGUCGAAAGAACUGUGGCUGCCCAAGCCGAUGACAAACGGAGGUCAAUCGCAGACUUCAGAGAAAAUUCCUUUGUUCCAGAGAGGGAGAUACCGUGUGUCUCUGUCAAAGCUUUGUCUGCACUCUAUCUGUCGAAGGUGGCGACUCAGGAAGCAAAGCAGAGUGACUUCAAACCGGCACAAGAUCAGUCAUCUGAACUUGGGAGACGAAUAAAACAAAUGAAGAUGGCGGAAGACACCCAGCUCAUGAGAGAAGAGCGCCUUCGGCAAGGAGCGGAUAACCUCGAGUCACAGUCGCAACAAUCAUUGCAAUUCCAAAUGUCCAAAGAAAGGCUGUACCAACAGCGGCAGAAAUGUGAGCUAAGAAGACUCCUGAAGCACACACAUCCCGAGCUGAAGAUACUGGAUGAGGUCGUAGAUGAGGAGCUCGCUGAGGUGUUGAGCUCAGACACCGAGGUGACGGCCGAUGAAACCGGAUAUGAGGGAGAGGUCCGCUCCAGAUGCUUGAUAUUUGAGAAUUGUUCCCAAAGUGCUAAAGUGUCAGUUCACAGCCCAAAAAUGCACACAGCUGUCCAACAAGGCAACGUCAGUAAAAUAUCAGCUGUUUCUGAGCAUCCCGACAAGAUGUCUUUUCAGGACCAAACGGUGCCUUCAAAGACCGAUCCCGGUAUCGAACGUGAGGAGGGUGUCAAGAGAAUAGAUGUCCAGGCAACCAGAAGGAUAUUUGAGAGUCAGUUGGUGGAUACACCUGAGUUAAGUCCAGAAAAGGUUGAAGGUAAAGUUUCUACUCCAGGUGUUUUGACUGACUUAGCCAAUGCCUGGUGGAGGGAGAAAUGUGAUGGGCAGAAUGUACAGUGCCAGGAGAAACCCAGCCAGAUGAAUCGGAUAGAACAACAGAAACAAGGGCCAGAUGAUGCUGGCUAUAGCACAUGGAAGGAAGAGGAUGCCUUAUCCUCUUCUGAAGAUAAACAACACCAGGACAGGAUAAAAUCUAGGACAUGUCUUCUGCAAAACAACCCGUUCAUAUCAAAAAACAUUGAAGAUUCCACUGCUCAUAUGACAAAAGCCAAAAUAACAGCAGAAGACGACUAUGCCGCCGCCAAGGUUAAGGACAGAGCGCAUUUGUUCGACUCGAUCCCGUUUGACCAAAUCAGACAUCAGAACAAGGACGAAGUGGAGACAAUCGCGGAGACGCUCGAGGAAUCACUGAACACUCUUCAUCGCUUUAAUGCCAUUCAUGCAGACGGCUUGAUUAUCGAGGUGAACGAGUCCGCGCGAGCGAAAAAGGCUAAGUACACCCAGUCGGCGAAUGGAGCCAAGAUCCAUUACGAUGAGGUUUCUGAAGGUAAUUUUCAAAACUUCAUACUUGGUGCGCUACCACGAGCAAACCUUAAGCCUCAGAUCACUUACCUAACGGAGGUCUGCAAUGGAGGCAUUAAAAGCACAUUGGUCAACGUUCCCGUGCACCCGCAUCAGUUCGCCGGCAGCCAGAACAUGCCGCGGAACACUGCCAAUGUGGUUCAACUUGUGGAGGAUGUUCUUAAUCAAGACAACUCUCUGAGGAAAGGAGUGAUCAUCCAGGAGGCCGCUGAAAAAUCUGCAGAUGUCGUCGUUUACUCCCUCUACAAGUAUUCGGAUGGGGAAGACGUGCAACGAUACUGUCCUCGAGAAUAUUCCAUAAGAACGGACGGAAGAAAAUCUCCCCUCAUGUCUCCAGAUGGUGCCUGCCGAGGAUCUGUCAGUCCGGAAGUGACAAUGAAGGGAAAUGUGAGACUACUUAAGAGUUGUAUUGAAAAGGGUGAACUGGAUUAUCUGAAAACUCUUCAGGAAAACAGGGAACAGGAAAUUACUCCUGAAUGGAAGAUGGGACAAUGCAUAGAUAUUGUUCCUGAACAGAAAGUUGAUCGUGUGAACGAGUGUACUCCAGAGUGGACACCAGUGGAUAUAAAGAGAUUGAGAAACAUGUUUUCUGGUGAUCAAAUCCAAAACCAAUCUGAUCAAAUUGUCAAUAAAGAUCAACCCCGUUCAAUCACAACACCAAAGUCUUUCACGGGGCAAAAUGUCACCCUUGAUAAUGUUCAGGGAUCUCCAGUAAAUGACUUUGACGUUCACACUGACGGACAUGAUGCAGAUUGUGGAAGCCAAGUUCAUGAAGAAACAAUGGACUCCAUCACUCUUGUGCCAUUCGAAACCCAAUGUGGAAACCAAGUCGUCCAAGCUGAAUUAAUCCAAGUGGUGAAUGAUGAUGACGACAUCUCAAACCUCCAACUUGCAGUCGAUAGCCUCCAAGAAGCCACAUCGGAAGCCCAAUUUUUACACGAGUUAUUGCCAGAAAAACAUGAAUCCAAAACGGUACAACACACUGAGCAACCUGUUAUCUCAGCGCCUGAUGUCAAUUCACAGGCAGUACACCACCAACCUAAAACGUCACCCCAAAAUAGUGGAAGAUCAGAGGAAAUGAGUGGGAGGAUCAGUUCAGCACCAGAUACUGAACAAGAAAUGAAGUGCCUUGACCAAAUUGUUUCAGGGGAAUCCCACACAGCUCCAAGCAGUAAAAACGAAAAUAGGACAGAGGAGGUCCAGGUGAAUCACUUCCAAGCUGCUGUGGUUUUUCCAGAUGUUUCAGAAACACAGAAAGACGGAGAGGACGUUGUCUUUCGGGGACAGUUCAAAGCAGCGUUGGAUUCCUUAGAGAGGUCUCACAUUAACGUCACGAGAGGAGAUUUCAAAGCAGCUAUGAUUUACCGGAACUCCUCAAAACCUCUCAAAGAAAGAGUGAAAAAUCCAGCUCAAGUUUCCAGAGACAAGGCAAUCAACCAAGAUGUUUGUGCAAAGGCAUCCCAAACUCGGAUGAGUCCAAAUACGGUCACAGAAGAGGGGACAAGUACAGUGCAUCAAAAGUCAACAAGUCCUGCUCUCCAGUCAAGUAGAAGGCCUGUUGGACCAAAACCAGCCAUCCCUCCAAAACCUGAACAUUUGGAAGUCAAACUGCAAAAUAAGCAAUCAACAAACACUGAAAACUCAUUUAAGAUAUUGAAAGAUACACGUUCACCAGACAUUGAUAAACAAACUCAAGAAAUGUCGAAAAUAAACACUGCUACAGAGUCAGAACAUGAUGUAUUGAGUCACAGAAGGUUGGGUGAAGGAUCACAAAAAACUCAGAAAAGACCUGAAAAACACCAAAUCCAUCAAUCGCAUAUCGCAGUGGAAAAAUUUGAUCAAGACCAAGGAGGAGAGAAAAAAGACACAGUCCAGGAGACAGUGGCCCCGGACCUCCUUGUCGAAGAGAAGAUGACUGAAACAGAAGUCCAGAUAAAUUUCAAUGAGACAUGCAAAAACUUCUGGGGUAUGGAUGACCUUCCAAAAAAGAGACCACCUGUGAAACCAAAAAGAGUGAAAAUAGCUCAACCUGACAACAUUUCUGCGCAGGUGGUUGCAGAACCAAAGUCCCCGCUACUUAGUCAUUCAGGCAGCGACACAAGGGAACAAAAUGAUGCCGAACAAGAGGAAGGAAUGAAACAGGAGGGCAAGGUUGAGUUGAGAGCUAAAAGGGGAAGGACGGAGACGGACAACGAACGGCGUCAGCGUCUGUCGCUCCACAUGGACGAGAUCAUGCGGGGCAACAGCGGGACUGCCAUGGAAAUUUUCAACCACUUGCGAAAGCAGGAGGAACUGCGGGGCAUCCUGUGUCGAGUCGAAGCGAUUGAAGAGGACACCAGUGAGGUUGAUGUGAGGUCCCUCAGAAACGUGUUUGAGAAUGUCCCCGACUGGGUUGUCUCCUCAAACAAAAAGAAGCCAAAGCAAGGGAAAGCAGAUCGCAAAGAGGAAAUGACGACAUUAGCAACCGAGACUAAGUCCCCAAUGGCGCACGUUUUUGGAGAUCUUGAAAGAGCCAGUGAGGAAAUUAUGACUCUGAAGGAACAGACAUUAGCACGGCUUGUUGACAUCGAGGAAGCCAUAAAGAAGGCCCUUUAUUCGGUCUCCACUUUAAAAUCGGAGUCUGAUAUUGCCGGUCUGUCAUGCCUGUUUAAGGAGUCGUUAGGAGGUGGACGAGUUUCCCCGGCAUCUGGCAACAUUAGCAAAAUUAGCAUCGGCUCAAGCAAAAUGGCAUCACUGCAGGUAAAAGAAGGCCCCGCAGAUUCACCAGGUGGCCAGAAUCCAAGUGCUGAAAUAACCCCUAAGCACAGAGAGGGUCCUCCAAGCUCACCUGCUUUUAUCUCUAUACAGUCAGCCGCGAAAAAGUCAGAUCAACCAAAGCUGCUGCCCCAAGUGGUCACAACCUGCCCAACUUGUCAGCACAGCCCAGAGAAAUUCCCUUCAAACAACAGUCCCGCUUUUAGCGAAAAAGAGCCCACUGCCUGCUUCCCACAACGAGAGACUAGCGUAGUCGACGGACAAACAGACCUGGGGGGGAGCGGAAUCUUAGGCACCAAAACCAUCGCAGAAAACUAUCAGAGGACGGAUGCCCGUAGCAACGGGAUUUAUUCAUCAACCACCUCCACUGUUGUCACCACCAUCCAGCCUGAGACCAGAAUGUCAUCCACAGAUUUGAUCGUGACCCGACCAACUUUGCAUCGGGUUGCGACAUACCCGGAGGUUUUGCUGCCUGUCAACCGAACUCUAUAACGCGAGAACUCUACACAUUUUGUAGGUGCUUAUUUAAAAUUUACAAUGACGGUUGUGUACACAACUGCAGUUAUUUCUGACUGAUACUUAUGUGCUGGAAUGUGUUUUUGUUUGUUGCUUUUAGACAAAUACAGACGAUUAGUUUUCAACUGCCUGUCUCACUUGU